AUUCAAUAAUAGAAAAUGGCUGGAAAAAGUUCAGAGAAGAUUAAAUGCAUAUUUUUUAGUGAAUUUCACAUAACAGCAGGUCCUAAAAUUACUUUUCAGGUGCCGGAGGGUUAUGUGUCUAAGGACUACUUCGAUGCAGUUCAGUCAUACAUAAUAACAAAACCAGAGUUGCAAAGAAGAUUAAUAACGGUGAACUCCCUGGGGUUGAAGAUUGUUGGUUGCCCGGUCUCGAUACAGAAUAAUAAGUAUGACAGGAAUGCCCUGAUAUUCAACUGUUGUUUCGUGUUUGACAGCACUGCGCGCACUUCCAGAUAUGAACCAGUGGUGAAGAAGUUAGCAUCCUAUCUAACUCAGCUCGAGCUAGAGAGCAGUAUCCUGUCAGAGGAAAGUAAGAAAAGUCAGAUCCCUGCCCUGCUGUCCGACAUACUGAACAGUCUCAACCAGACAGGCAGCUGCAGCCUGUGUUUGAAUUCCAGCUGUACAGUUCACCUUAAGGUGUCACCACAGAUAGAAGACCCAAAGCCCGUGCAGGAUCAUGAUGUGCCCAUGUUUCUGUCAGAUUUCUCCAGGUUCACACACACUCACUGGGACCUGACCACUCAACAGGUAUUACAGUACAUUGAUGGCUACAACCAUGUGGCAAAGAUAGCUGCAGAAGCUGACAUAGAAAUCAACCUGGUCAAGGCCUGUCUGCAAAACCUCUUGCAUAUUGAUGUGAUAACAAUGAUCUCAGUUUUUCAGUAUUCCAACAUGUACACGACGACCAGCCAGCUCCAACAACUAGCUGAUGACCCUAUAUUACAAGAGGAGUGCCUGCAAUAUGUGGCCUCAAAAAGUCACGUGAAACCAGCAUUCCGCAAUGUGUUCAUGCUAUAUGCCAGUUUGACUCAGGGUUUAACAGUUCGAGACUUGUGUAUGAGAUUUAACCCACAUAACCUCAAGGUCGAUGAAAAGCGGCUCAUCCAGUUUGGUCUGAAGAAGAAUCUGAUUGGUCGUCUCCAUGGUUACCCAGUGAAGUUGCCAAGUGAGACUCGAAGCAUUCCAAAGGUGGUGGCCAUUAGCAAGUGGCUUAACGGAAACCACAGCUUGGAUGAGAUCAGCUGUAAAUCAGGGUACACUUACAAAGAGUUGGAUGAGAUGAUUGACAAUGAUCCCAGUAUUGUUGUCUGCUGGAAGUGAGGUGUGUAGCUGGGCUUGUUUUAAUGUGCUGUCGAGGACAACCAGUUAACCCAGUGUAAGCAAGCUGUGACAUGGAAGUCAUCAAAGUGAGCCUUUUGAACAAUCACACUCAGAUUUUUGUGGAAGGUAACUUACAUAACAAACCAUGCUGUCCAGAUUUUGAGCAUUUACAGCAUUGAACAAGUGCAGGGCGUGUGAGCUAGUGCUAAUUACAAUUACUAGUGUUUUAGCAUAUUGCUCAACUUUUGUAAAAUUACAUGAAACUGUACAGCUUUUCAAAAGCAAAUUGAGCUUAAUUUUAUGACCUGUGCUACUUUUGCUGACUGACUGUGAUAAUUAUAAUACACAACAUGUACAUUCAUUUACUGUGUUAAAACUUUCAAUUUAUUACUUGAGGAGUGUGACAAAGUUUAAAAGAGCAGUUUCAAUAUGGUCAUCCUAUCAGAAUAGCCAUGAAUUGCUGCUGUCAUGACAUUCUCACUUCAUUUAGUUGUUGCUUUGAAAUGUAAUGCCCUACAUAAAUACUUCAUGGAUGUAGCAUUGUGAAAUUUGAUUUAACUGUUUUGUGGCUGCCAAUAUUCUAAUGCAGACAGACGGACAUCCAAUAUGCCAAGAUCACAUUAUGGAGUUUCGUUAGUCAUUUUUGAGUUUUUUCUUUGUAUUUGUUAUUCACUAUUAAAGUCAUUAUUGUUUAUAUAUUUUAUAUCAGAACGAAAACUAAGAGGCAGAGCUUUAACCAUGCAAUAAAUAUCGUUUAGGCCAAGUGAAUAUAAAGAUGUGGUUACUGUAACAUCAUGACAAAAACAAAGUCAGUUAGGUUGGGAAAACAUUUUAUUUUGGAAUGUUAUUUUUAUGUUUUUGUGUAUGGGUAUCUUGUUUAUAUACAUACAUUUCUUUAUUUGGACAUUAAUGUUUCAAAAAAUGAAACACACUACAAGUUAACUUUAUACCCAUACCCAUGUUCAGAGAAUAGUGCCAUAAGGUUAAUAUGUUUACUGAUAUUUAAAAAGAAAUGUUUUUAAAAGAAACAUUUGGUUUGCACUUAAUAAUAGGGGUAGUCUGGUAACUGUUACCACAAAAUUACUUUUAUUUAGCCUUAUAUACUCAAUGAUAAAACUAUGAAACUGAGUGCUGCAAAUAAUCGAAAACUAAUAAGGAAAGAAAAUAGGCACGAAAAAGCAGACGACAGUUUCUUAACUAGCUUUUCAUUCCUUUGCUAGUACAGAGAUACCUUCUAGUAUAUUAUGAAAUCGGUAUAUGUUUCCUCACUCUCUGACAAGGGGAUCUCCCCAAACAUUGCUCACGAUGGAAGUCACAUACUCGGCAAACAAUUGACGUUGGAAAGACGUUGUAUAUUGGUUGAAAAUUAAAGUAUUUUAGACGUCAGACUCCGACAUUGGAACAAUGUCGGAAUAACAAAGUUGAUCCAACGUCGUGGGAACGACCAAAGUUAAUGUACAUUCAUAACAUAACAAACAACUCUAGGUAUAUACAAAUUUUAUUUCACAACAAACCUAUACGUACACAGAAACUGUUAAGUGACAACAUUUGAUAUAAUUGAUAAUAUUUUUAAUGGCACGUUUAAUGAAAAUAUACAUAUGUAAGUUUAUAAACCAUAAAAAAGCAUACAUCUAAACUGAGUACUUUUAAGUUCAAUUGUAAAAAGCGCAUCAUACAGGCAAACAAGUUUGAUUUUCAUCGGAAUAUAAGCAUUACUGUCUCUCAGACAUAAUUAAACCAUAACCUAUGUUCAUGUAUAUAUAAAUGUUUUAAAGUAAGUACAUUAUGAUUCCUAAUUAAUCUAGCAUAAUCCGCCAUUUUUUGGGACAGGCAUUUCAUUCUGUUUUUUUAUAUCAUAUUAAGCAAAGUAAAACAGCAUGGAUACUGGAUAAAUCCAUGUUAAACAUUAAUAAUUCAUGAUACAUGCUUAAUUCAUGCUAGAAUAAACAUCUAUGCUACUAAGAUACAAAAAAAAGAUUUAAUCAUAACUCAUAACAUUGAACUAGUUUUGCCUUAAUAUCGAAAAGGUAUUUGCACAAAAGUCAACACAAAAACAAUUCAAAAAUAGCUUAUCAUUACAUGUAAAAACAAGUGUGCAACAUGUUCCAAGAGCUAUCGAAGUGUACACGCUAAAUAAAAAGCAUUGCACUUUUGACAAGAUCAGGCAUUUGCAAAGUAAGCCACAGCUAUUCUUGAAAUAUAUAUUUAACAAAUAUAUUGUUAAUACUUUGCACAGACUGUGGGUAAAGCAUUUUUAUGUAAUUAGCAUAUAACCUAACACAAGUCUGCGCUGCUCAGGAUAUUUUAGAUAUUCUUCAAUUGCUGCCAUCUCAUCAAGAUUUUCCGCCCUCCUUGGCAUAACAUCACCCAAAUCACCUUGCGCAGGAGUUCUGUGGCCUGUCCUACAUAAUGUUGAUAACUUUUGAGGUGUUCUCCGACUACUGCCAUCUCAUCAAAAUUUUCCGCCCUCCUUGGCAUAACAUCACCGAUAUCACCCUGCGCAGGAGUUCUGUGGCCUGUCCUACAUAUUGUCAAUAAUGGCUGUGACAUGUCCGCCAUAACAACCAGCACACUUUUAUGAAACCCUUCAUAAAAAAGAAGAUUAAAUACAUCAAAUAGUUAUAGAAAAAGAAAACAUGGACAUGAAAGAUUAAAUUAUGCAAUAUAUAAAUUACAAUAUUUUUGAUGAGUAACAUGUCAACUUGUAUAAAUAUUAAAUAGCCAUAAUACUAUGAAAUUAUUAAUAUAAUCAGCAGUAUAGUUUUUGUGCUUCAGUUGGAGCGCAAUAUUAAAACCAUGCUAUUUAAAUGCAUAUAAUAAGUGAUAAUAUAAGCAGAAUUCAGGAAUGUGCAUAAAUGUCUUGUCGAGCCAAAGGGCUAAAUUUCAACCACGCAUAUUUAAGUUACAAAUCUCCUUGAAAUGUUCUUGGUACAUGCACAAAACAAGUUGUUCUCACCAUCAAUUGUCCAUAACACAAAAAAUAAACACUUUAGAAUCAAUAACUAAAAAACUAUUAAAAUAUUUAUCUUGUUUUUCACAUACAUGUACUUGCUUGAGUCAUUG